AUGAAAUUCGCAACAAGUCUAUGUCGAUAUGUUCGUCCAACAUUCGGAAGUCCUUUGAUCCAACCCCUGCAGCCCGUUCGCUGGGCUCGCUUUCAAGCAUUCGAGGCAGAUUUCGAUCCUGAAGAGUUGGAAAAGGCAAGAUCAUGGCACAAAUCCUUUAACGGCAGUCAACUCCCCAAGGGGCAAACAACCUACGCUCGCUCUAGCGGCCCGGGUGGUCAGCAUGUCAACAAGUCGGAUUCUCUGACAUUUCAAGCUCAAACGCACCGUCAGAGAGAUGCCAACUCGGAGGAAAACCAGCAAAAGCUUAUCGACGAGAUCAAGAGGAUAUACCAAGAGACAGUCCCUGGCGAAACAAGUUCUGACAAGAAGAAGAAGCAUGCUGAGAUGUGA